CUGAAUCCUCGGAGGGCUAGGUCAAUAAAUGUGAGAAUGUUGCAUGGACGAGCCUUGAAGAAAUCCAGCAGCAUUUUCGCAUUUUCCGCCCCGCAGCAUCGCACCUGACUGCAGACAGGUAGACGACACAAGAUCCAUCUCAGUGAUGGAUGGGGACAAGUAAGAGUAGCAAGUAUAAGCGACAACUGGCAAACCGGCCGUGGUUGAAUAACUACAACUUGAAACAAGACAUAUCAUUAGACCUAACAGCACGGCGGCUGACAACGCAGCCAAGGCUGACGACCCCCAGGCCAACGAGAGAAUCCUUGUGAGAGGCCGAGGAUCCCCGAUGAGGGUUGGAACACUGCCCCGCAUGACUGGACUUACGUUCGGUAACACUUCCAAGUGGCCGAAUGUCUUCCGGGGCCCAAACGAUCAAGUAGAUCUGACCAUUCGAGCGAAUGCCAUGAUCAAGCAGUAUUACCUCCACCAGCACUUUGCUGUAUAUUUUGUGCAGGAGAACCAUGACAGACAUGGUGACUGUAAUCUUGGUCACGCGAUGUUAUCCGCGCAUGCACCGUAUUACCUCGAGUUCCAUGAGAUCAUCACGGGCGGCUGGACUUCUUUGGUCGAUCAUGCCGAGUGGAUACGUGAGACAUAUUGGCGAUUAAAUGCGGUAAAGCAGGACGGUCGGAGCGCUGCGUUGAUUGUUGGUCCAAACGUCUACCGCAGCUCCAUGGAGAAGCCAGUGUUUGACUUGAACAUCUUUGAGAAGCAGUUCUCCGAAGAUGUCCAAGAUGGGGAACAGGAAAAGGACAUGAAUAUAGAUGGUACAUGGCAAGACUCUGUACAGCACAAAAAUAUCAUACACCUGAACUGAUCGAUUCGGUCUUAGCAUUCGUCAUAUCGCGUUAUUGCUGCACCACCCUUGUUCUAGACCUUGAUAGCUUUGAUCAUCUCGUCAAUGAUAGUCUUGGCACUCUCAUUCCAAGUAGACGACUCAUAUGUCAUAUACGCCUCUGACCUCCCCUUCUGCGCGACGAUUGUGAUAUACGUUGGAGGCUUUCCACUCUUACAUAUCGACUUUGUCUGGAACGUGAUAUUCGUUUGGACUGUGACUUUCCGUCACCGUGCCAAGGGGUGUACCUCCCCUGUCCAUACGCUUUUCCAACAUUCUCC